AUGAAGCUUGCUUUUUUCGUCAUUUUCGCCGUUGAAGGCAGUUUGAGAGGAACUUGGGGCGAGUGGGGAGAAUGCUCGACGAGCUGCGGACUUGGACAGAGGUGUAAAUACUUUACUUCGGACAUUUACACGACUGGAAUUCCCUCCUGCGAGCCUUGUGAUACCGGCUUUGAAUGUGGAGAGGGCUACGGGCUGUGGUCAGAAUGGGGACCAUGCUGCCCGUACGAUUCCAAAAGCGCCGGCCAAGCUAGGGUUAGAGACUGUUUCGACGGACCUGAAGGAGGAUCCAAAUGCUCAAUUGACAAUAAAUACGAUACCCGCGAGUGUUUAUUGGACUGGCAAAAGUACUUUGACGAUAAGGCAUUUCCUUCAAGAGCAUUUACGGCGACAAGAUCGAGGAGAAGCGUUUUUGGAAAGACAAUAAGAACCACUGCCAAUUCUAGCAAUGGCGUCCUCUCAUAUCUCGGCUGGAAUUUCAACGACUUUUGGGGCGGUGGAAAAGUUCGCACAACAAUUUCUCCCACCCAGAGCACUUACAGUAUCUAUAGAGGCAGGCCAACAACACAAGCAUUCGAAGAAACUACUGAACUUCAGACGACAGAGCCAACAACGACGUUCGCCCCUUUGAGAACUACCGUAAAAACGGCGACAACGAAGAGCUCCCGUCCUUUUAUUCCGACUUAUUUUCCGACGAUCCCGAGUAACUGGUCCCCAAGACCGGUUACACCAAGCACUCAAGCUCCAACAACUCAAUCCGUCGUUCAAAUCGACUUGAACUCUCGACGAACUCCGGAGUGCAAAGCAAUAACCCGCAAUGGAAGACCUAUCAAACUCGACCUUUCGAUUUUUGGAAAUGUGCCUGAAAACGUUUUGUACAGCGAAUGGGGAGAGUGGCAAAAUUGCGAUAAAAUAACAAAACGUCAGCUUCGAUCUCGAUCUUGCAAAAAAGUCGAAGGAAUUGUUUUUGCUUGUAGUAAGGACAACACUCUUGGCUCACGAGAAUGCCCGGAAAAUGACCUUCAACGAGACCGACGCCCAAGACCAAAGCCGAUUUCCCUUGAUGACAUCAAGUACUGCGACAAUCAAUGGGGCCGUUUUCUAAAGGAGGCGACAGUCACAUGUCUAGUCGAACGAAGAUGCUCGCUCUUCCGCACAUGGGACGACAAGAAACUAACCUGGCUCCUAAACUGCUUCCCGAAAUGGGGAUUGUCGAGCAGGAACAAGAGCACCUUCAAAAUGCGAGCUUUGUAUCAAAGAAAACUUGCUGGAUAUUAA